GCGCGUUUUAAACAACUCCCGUGGCGAAACGGCGUGUUUACUGUUUUGGGGUCUCGAAUAUCCGAGGGGGCGAGGAUGCCGAGCCGCCCCGAGGAUUACGAGGUACUCCUCACCAUCGGUGCCGGUUCAUACGGCAGAUGCCAGAAGGUGCGGCGGAGGGCGGACGGCAAGGUUUUAGUCUGGAAAGAGCUUGACUAUGGAUCUAUGACAGAAUCUGAAAAACAAAUGCUUGUUUCUGAAGUGAACUUACUUCGUGAACUGAAACAUCCAAAUAUUGUCCGUUAUUAUGAUCGUAUAAUUGAUAGGACAAAUACAACACUUUAUAUUGUGAUGGAAUAUUGUGAAGGUGGAGACUUGGCUACUCUGAUAGCAAAAUGUACAAAAGAAAGACAUUAUCUGGAUGAAACCUUUGUUCUUCGAGUCCUCACUCAAUUGACUUUGGCCCUGAAAGAGUGUCACAGGCGGAGUGAUGGUGGUCACACUGUGCUUCACCGAGACUUGAAGCCAGCAAAUAUUUUCCUUGAUGGCAAGAAGAAUGUGAAGCUUGGUGACUUUGGCCUGGCUAGAAUACUUCAUCAUGAUACCAGUUUUGCAAAAACAUUUGUUGGUACACCAUAUUAUAUGUCUCCAGAACAAAUAAAUCGCAUGUCCUAUAAUGAAAAAUCUGACAUCUGGUCUCUAGGCUGCUUGCUGUAUGAGUUAUGUGCAUUGUCACCUCCAUUUACAGCUUUUAACCAGAAAGAGCUAGCAGAAAAGAUAAGGGAAGGAAAGUUCAGACGAAUCCCACACCGUUACUCAGAACAGCUGAAUGAACUCAUCACAAACAUGCUAAACCUGAAGGAUUAUUGCCGACCUUCAGUUGAAGAAAUCCUACAGAAUCUCUUGAUAGUUGACUUGGUAUCUGAGGAGCAAGUGAGAAUUUUGGAGAGGAAAGGGCGACGAUCAGAACAGGAUAAAGUAGAAAGACUUUCAGGAACGCCAACAAAUGAGCUAAAACUGAAAGAACAACAGCUGCAAGAGAGAGAGAAAGCUAUAAAGGAAAGGGAACACAGACUAGAACAGAGAGAACGAGAACUCUGUGUUCGGGAGAGACUGGCAGAGGACAAAUUGUCUAGGGCUGAGAAUUUGAUGAAGAAUUACAACUUAUUCAAGGACCAGAGAUUCUUCCUGCCAGCAACUAGCCCAGAAGAUGAAACGUUACCUGUCCAUGCUACAAGAAAAAAGAAAGUUCAGUUCGGUGAUGAAAGUAAAGAAAAUGCCCAAUGUGAGGACAUCCUGGAAAACUUUUCUCAAUCAAAAGAAAAAAGUUGUAAUUUGAAGAAGCGUCUUUAUGCUGCAAACCUGCGUGCUCAGGCCCUGUGUGAGCUGGAGAAACACUAUCAGUUGAAAAGCCGUCAGCUCCUUGGAAUGCGUUGAAACAAUUCAUUUGUGCUUUUGUAGAACUGUGAUGUUUUUAUAGUGUUUUAAAAGUAUGUUUUCUGUAAUGGUUAUGCUGAAAAAGUCUGUGUAGCUAGUUUUAGAUAAAAAAUAAGUGCUAAAAUGUUUUAUGUAAAAUGUAGCUUAAUAUGUGAGCAUUCUAUGUGAGCAAUGGUAUGUGAGCAUUCUUUUAGAAAUUGUGCACUUUUAUGCACUCAACUACAUCAAGAAAGUACUAAUACUUUUAACAGAAAAAAUUGGAUGAGAUGUUUUAUGAUUAAGGUGAGAGUAAAGAAAUACUGCUACAGUGUGUCAAAAGAAAACAGAAUGCUAUGAUGGGGGAGUUUUCCUCCUUCCCAAAUUUGCUUUUUCUAUCCUUUUAAGCACCUUUUUAAAUUUAAUUUUUGGUUUUGAUACUUUUGUAUGUGGAAGUGCCAGUUGGCUGCAUCUGUUUUAUCCCCAUUAGGCAUUUCAGAGUUG